GAAAAAGAGUCUCUGAACACAAAACAAAGAAUCCAUACAAUGAGGAAGCCUGAGUUCUCUUCUUCCUCCUCAGGCAAGAACGGGACGAACAGUAACAACAACAACAACAACAACGCGAACGUGAAGUUGAGGAAAGGGUUAUGGUCACCAGAGGAAGAUGAGAAGCUGAUGCAUUAUAUGUUGACAAAUGGACAAGGGUGUUGGAGUGAUGUAGCAAGAAAUGCAGGAUUACAAAGGUGUGGGAAGAGUUGUAGGCUAAGGUGGAUUAAUUAUUUGAGGCCUGAUCUUAAAAGAGGUGCUUUUUCACCUCAAGAAGAAGAACUUAUUAUCCAUUUACAUUCCCUUCUUGGGAACAGGUGGUCACAAAUAGCUGGACGUUUGCCAGGACGUACUGAUAAUGAAAUCAAGAAUUUCUGGAAUUCGACAUUGAAAAAGAGGCUAAAGAAUUCAUCUUCUUCUUCUACACCAUCACCAAAUGCAAGUGAUUCAUCCUCAGAACCCUGCAAAGAUCUCAACAUGGGAAUCAAUCAAGGGUUCAUGUCAAUGGAAAAACAUAACCUAAUGGCCAUGUACAUGGACUCAACGUCGUCUUCUUCCUCAUCGAUGGCCCUAAACACCAUUAUCGAUCCUUUGCCAACGCUCGAGCACAGUCUAAUGAACAUGCCUAGUAGAUUUGGUGCACCUUCAUACUUGACUACACAACCAUGCAUGGUACAAGGAGGGAAUGUGACUAAUGGAAGUCUUUUUUAUGGGAAUAAUCAUGGGAUAUUUGGAGGAAAUCUUGGAAUUGAAGGAGAGAUCUAUGUUCCACCAUUGGAGAGUGUAAGUAUUGAGUAUCAAAAUGUUGAAGGUGGGAAUUUAGUUGAAAGGAGCAGCCAAAACAGUAACCCUAAUAAUAACAAUAUGACCAACUUGACUAGCCAUUUCAAUAGUAGUAGUAAUAUCAAAGUAGAGAAUUUUGGAGGGAUAGGGAAUUAUUGGGAAGGAGAUGAUCUAAAAGUGGGAGAGUGGGACUUGGAGGAAUUGAUGAAAGAUGUUUCACCUUUCCCUUUUCUUGAUUUCCAAGUUGAAUAAUCCUAGAACAACCUUAAUUUUCCUAUGGAUAUCAAGACCUUUUAUUUUUCUUUCAAUAUUAGACCACAUAAUUUCAAUCCUAUAUAGUUCAUAUAAAACCUCAUAUAUUGAGAUAAAUUUGGACAGGAAAUUGAAGAUGAGAGGGUAAAGAAUCUCAUGAGAAUAAGGAUCAUUUCCUGGUAGAUAUAUACUUUUAUUUCCUGCAAUGCACCUAACUCUUUGUAUAGGAUAUUUUGCAUUACCUUAUACUUUAAAUGAUGUAAUUAGAAAUAGGGUAAUUUGGUCAUUUUUACUUCAAUUUGAUGUUUGUAAUAAUCACCAUGUACUUUUGAAGGAAUAUAUGUAUAGUCACAUAUGAAUAUUGUAGAGAUUAGUGAUAUUGUCUAUUAGUCUUUCGUGUACAAAACUUUUUGAAAUGUAAGCAAUUAUGUUUUUUAUUA